AACUAAACUGAACACUUAUUAGUAUCAAUAAAAAUAAUUUCUUCCCUUAAAUAAAUGCUGAGUGCAUGACUGUUGUCUCUUCACCUGCUCUAAUCUCACUCUUUGAAGAUGGAGCAAGCAUCAGCCUCCAGUGGCAUCAACCAGUCCACUACCUCCUCCUCCUCUUCCUCUCAAAAGGCUGAACAACGCAAAUUACAUUCAGUUGAAAAGGGUACAUCAUCUGAAGGGCCUAGCGGAGUGUCAUCAAAGCUCACCCUUCAAGUACCUUCUAGGAAUCUGAGCCAUGAUUAUUCUAAAGGAAGUUCAUCUAUUGGAGGUGGAGCUCUUGGUUUUCUACGAGGGCUUAGCUUUAAAAACAAAGCCGCUUUACUUGAUGUUGAGGAAAGCUCCCUUCUAAAUCCACAACAUGAUUCAAAGCAAGAAAAUCGCUCGGGUCAUGACAAUGCUGUAUUGGCUAAUAUCGUUGCAAGACUCUCGUGGAAAAGAUGUGCAUCACUUCCAGCUAAACCGGUAUCAGAUUUGUCUCCUUCGCCUACCUCUGCUCAGGAGGAGUUAUGUACUGGGAAGCACAUAUCCCGCAAAAGAAAAAUUCCCAGAAGGGUUUCAAGGUCCUUGUCUGUUCCCAUGCGAAAUAUUGUUAUCGUGAGAUCUGGAUCAUUUCCGUCUCCAAAGGAACCUACACAUGCUGAUCAGCCAGAUGGUCAGUCAGUUCCUGUGCAAAUUGAUGACAGUGAUGAAGAGAUUCCUGAAGAAGAGGCUGUGUGUAGAAUCUGUUUAGUUGGGUUGAACGAAGGAGGAAACUGGCUAAGGAUGGAGUGCAGUUGUAAAGGUGAUCUGAGGCUUACACAUGAAGAAUGUGCAGUUAAGUGGUUUAGCAUAAGAGGCAACAAGAAGUGUGAAGUCUGUGGUCAUGAAGUUCUGAAUUUACCAGUUACAUUAUUACGGGUGCAGAGUUCUGCUCAAAGAAAUAGUAGCCAACCACAGCCCAGACAGAAUUCCAGCUCAAUGGUAACCAGAACCUGGCAGGAUCUUGUUGUGCUGAUCUUGAUUAGCACUAUGUGCUAUUUCUUCUUCCUUGAGCAGCUGCUGGUCCGUGAUAUGAGAUACCGUGCACUUGCGGUUGCUGCGCCAUUUUCUUUUACGCUGAGCUUAUUGGGAUCGGUAUUUUCAAUCGUCUUAGCAAGCAGAGAAUAUGUUUGGGCAUAUGCGGCGUUUGAGUUCUCACUUGUCGUCGUAUUCGUCCAUCUGUUCUAUUCUAUGCUUCAACUGAAAGCAGUUUUCGCAAUCCUGUUUGCAUCUUUUGCUGGGUUUGGGAUUGCAAUGGGAAUCAAUUCUUGUUGUCGACAAUUUUUCGCUUGGAGAGCUCAAGUUAUCCAAGCUCGGACGAAUUCUGUCCAAGUUUAGCAGAAAUUUUGUGCAUGCUGUUUCAUUAUGUUUCAUAUUGUAAUGAUUUUAUGUAUAUCCUAUGAGUAACGCUUUGGAGAUGGCUGAAAAUGAAAACAAACAUGAAUUUUAAAAACCAAUCUGAUUCUUGUUCAGGGAUGUGACUUUCUUGUACUUAAUUUUCAGCUUCUUCACCAUUAUUUACUUC